CAUUCACUGCAUCUUCUCUCGUGAGCCUCGUGAGGAUUAUAAUAGAAAAAAAAAGUGAAAGAAAAUCUUAAUCAAAAUGUAAAUUUGCCCACAAAAUUUAUAUCUUACGUACUCAGUAUAGUGAUGUUUGUGAAAUUGAAGAACAAUAUACAUGUGAAAUUAGACAUUUUGACAAAAUCAACGUUCGAGUGUUGAAGAGGCUAGAAUUUUUUUCUCGCGUGCCUCGUGGGGAAGAAGAUUUUAAGCGGCUCUCUUUUUUUUUUUUUUUUUUUUUUUUAAGUUUAUCGAAAAGUGACUAAUUGUUGCAGUUAACGGAUUGAAGACCAGCAUAAACGAGAAUUGCGAAACGCAAAGAGGUCACAAAAAUGGCGCAAACAGGGCACAGUAUUAUAGUAACAAAUGUGACAAGUGAAGGUCCGCGAUUAAAAAUAUGGGGUGUAUGUGAAAAAGAUAAAUAUUCAUAUAUCGAGGCCUUAAUAACAUCGUUAGGCAAUAAAUUAAUGCAACGUCAAGGUCUUGGACCGCAAAAUUCUAUUUCGCCGGAGACAACUUAUUGCGUGAAAUAUCGUGGCCGAUAUGUUCGUGCAAAAAUUACUAACAUUCAUCAAAAUGGGGUUAUUGUUCUAUUAAUUGACAGUGGAAUAACUGAUAUUGUGCCAAUAGAAUUAGUUCGAGUUUUAUAUCCAAAUUCAAAAGAGGAGGAUUUCUUAAUAAAAUGUCCUCCUCUUGCUAAUGAAUUUACAUUAGCAAAUAUUAUAUCUGUUAAUGAAAAAUGGGAUAGCAGAACUGUUGAAAGUAUUGGCACAUUGGUUAAAGACAAAGAAUUGAUGGUUUCUAAAUUUGAAAAAUUCAAUUCUUGCUAUCUUGUGAAGCUGUUGUUUGGAGAUCAUGAUAUUGGUAACAUACUUGUCAACAAAGGAAUGGCAAAAAUGACAACGUUAAGCGAUAUGUUCAAACCACAAAUGUAUGCGCAACAACCAUCGUAUAAGGUACCAUCGGUUCCGCAUCAGCAACAAAUGCCUGUCACGCAAAUGCCAGUAAGUGGAUAUCCUGGUGAGCAACAACGAGUCAUUCAUGCACCACACGCGAAUUUGAUGCCAAUACAACAAAACAUGAACGCGGAUAAUUAUCGUUACGGACAACCUCCCUACAUGUAUCAACAACAACAACAGCAGCAGCAGCAGCAGCAACCACAAUCUCAUCAUCUUCAUCAUAAUCAACCACCUCAUAUUCAUCAUCAUCAUCAACAGCAACAACAAAUGAUUUCUCCACGAAAACCGACAAAUCACAAUGAUGAUGAUGAGGAAUCACAAUCUGAUAUUUUUGAAUUUAGAACACGUCUCGUACAAGUUGGAGCAGUAUAUUCUGCCUUUGUCUCGUGCGUUGAAGAUGGACCAAUUAAAUUUUCCGUUCAACUCGAGGAAAAUAGAGAUCAAUUGGUGAAAUUAAUGACGGAAAUUCAAGCACACAAACCAUUGCCAAUAAAAGAGCCACCAUUACCUGGAUCAGUGUGUUUGGCACGUCUCAAAGAUGAAGAUCAAUGUAGCCUUUGUCGUGCUGUUGUAAUGGCAACAUUUGAUACGCGUGUUAAAAUUUAUUUUGUCGAUUUUGGUAAUACCGAUUAUGUUCAACAUACUGAUAUUUAUCGUUUACCACCAAAAUUCAUUAAACCAAAAGUAUUGUCAAUUCGAAUUUGUCUACCUGGACUCAAGGAAAUGAAUAUCACUGAGGAAGUGAAAACAUAUUUUUCAAAUCUUGUUUACGGUCAAAGAGUUGAAUUACAUGUUCGUGAACCAGAUGGACCAUUUUUAAUACAAUAUGGCGAUAUAAUUUUUAAUAAUAUAAAUGUGAAAAAAUAUCUUAAAGACAGAUUUCCAGAUAUUGCAUCAGUUGCUUAUGGACAUAUACCAGCAUUAACCGAUGGUACAAAAGAAACUGUUUAUAUAUCGCAUAUUGUUUCUUGUUCAAAAUUUUUCGUUCAAUUGGAAAAAAAUGCUUCUGAUCUUGAAAAAAUGAUGGCUACAAUUAAUAGUUAUGCAGCAACAGCUCCACUAUUGAGGCAAAUAGAUGUUAAUUCACUUUGCAUUGCUCCAUAUGAACUCGACAAUAAAUGGUAUCGAGUUAAAAUUCUCAAGAGAGUGAAAGACGACGUAAAUGUACUCUACGUUGAUUAUGGUAAUGAAGAGACUGUGAAUGUAAAUCAACUUCGUGAAAUUAGUAGGGAUUUAGUGACACAAAUGCCAUGCCAAGCAAUGCUAUGCGUUUUGAAUGGUUUCCAAAGUCGAAGUUCCAAACCACAAUAUGAUGCUGCAUUUGAGGCAUUAACUAAUGAAAUACGUCUUUCCAUGACAGUGAAGAAUGCUCAAAAAACAUGUUUGGUUGUCGAUUUAUUCGAUAUCACAACAUCGCCACCUAAAAAUAUCUUAAUGGAAAUAAAUAAAAUCACAUCGGAAUCAGUAAGCAUCAAUGAAAAUGCCGGAUUAAAAAAAUCAAAUGAUUUCGAAAAAACUGUACCACAAAAUCACCAAAGAGAUGAUGUGAACGUAUCAACUCAAAGUAAUGUGAAUACAUUCCGAUCAGCAAAUAAUGAUGAAAAUUCAAGAAAUCGAACAAAAUCAUGGAAAGAUGAUCACAAUGAACAAAGACAUGACAAUCGUUAUCAACAACGUAAUGACAAUGUCGCUGGUGGUGGUAGGGAAAGAUCAUUUAUUCGAGAAGGAGGAAAUAAUAAUUCAUUUGGUCGUGAUGAGGAGAGAAACAAAAAGGAUGGAGAAAAUAAUACAUUCAAUCGUGAAAGUAGAAAUGAAAGAUCGUUUAAUAAUCGCGAUGAAGCUAAUAAUUCAUUUGAACGCGAUGGAGGAAAUAAUCCCUUUAGAAGUAGUGGUGACAGUGGUAAUGAUCGUUUCAAUCGAAAUGGAGGAAAUGAUCGUUUUAAUCGAGGAAACGAUCGAUUCAAUAAAGAUGGUGGAAAUGAAAAUCGUUUUAAUAGAGAUAAAAAUAAUGAUCGAUAUAAUCGAGAAGGUGGAAACGAUCGUUUUAAUCGAAGCGGUGGUAGUGAUCGUUUCAAUAAUAAAGAUGAAAAUCGCUUUAAUCGAGAUGGAGGUAACGAUCGAUACAAUAAAGACGGUGGAGGAAAUGAUAAUCGAUUUAAUCGUGAUGGAGGAAACGAUCGUUUUAAUCGUAGUGGAGGUAGUGAUCGUUUUAAUAAUAAAGAUAGUGGGAAAACUGAUAGAAAUAAUUUUCGCGAUGGAGGUAGAUUUAAUCAAUAUUCACAACACGAUAAUAGAGAUGAUAGAGGUAGGGGAAAUAAAUUUUCAAAAAGAGACACUAGUGAUAAUGAAUCGGUAUCGUCUAAAGGAAGUGGUAAACGAAGUGAUAAAGGCGGUUUCCAAGGUAAAAAUGACAGGGAUUUUAAAUCAAAUCAAUUUAAUAAAUUUGGAAAUGACAACGAUGGAUUCAAGCCUAGGAAUUAUGAUAACAACAGUGGAUAUAAUAAUUCCAAACCAAAGUAUAAUCGUGAUAAUAUUUCUAAUGAGCCCAAAGAACCAAUUAAUUUCGAUGGAAAAAGUGAGAUUAGCAAAGCAAAAACAUUGGAAUUAUCGUUACCGUCCAUAAUUAUUGGAAAUAAACAUCGUUGUGAAAUGGUUUAUCUCACGAAUCUCUCACAAUUUUAUGUUCAUCUAAUACCUGAUAAUGAGAAACUCGAAGAGUUAAUGGAGAAAAUUGCAUUGAUUUAUGAUUGUGGUGGUGUUAUUUUGGAAUCGUCGAAAGUAAAAUCAAAUAUUUCGUGUAUUGCACAAUAUGCUGAGGAUGAGAGAUGGUAUCGAGCGAUAAUUAAAAAAAUUGAUGCUACAAAUGCAACGGUAUUGUUUGUUGAUUAUGGAAAUGUUGAAGUGAUAAAUAUUGAUAAAUUAAAAGAAAUAACCGAUGAAUUCACUGCAUUGCCAAUGCAAGCGUUACCGUGUAAAUUAUUUGGAAGUGAGAAAAUAGAAUGGACUGAUGAUGAAAUUACCACUUUUAGCGAUAUGGUAAAUGAAAAAAUAUUAGAAAUUGAAUUUGUCGCAAAAGAUCAAGAUAUGUUUAAAGUUCUUCUCAGGGAAGUUGAUAAUGAAAUUACAAAACCUGAAAUUAUUAAUUCAACAUUCUUUCCUGGUGUUGAUUUAAUGAAAUUAAAAGAGAAUAUUGGAGCAACAAAAGUUGCAAAUUUAAGUCAACAAAAGAAUGCAGGCAUUGAAUUUGCAUCUUUAGAUAGUAAAUGGAUUGAUCAAAAAGUUACAGCUGGAACGAGGGACACUGUAAUUGUAACAUGGUUUGAUAAUACUGAUAGUUUUUAUUGUCAGUCAGUAAGCAAGCAAAAGGAAUUUAGACCAAUGAUGGAGGAAAUUCAAAAGGUUUAUUCGGGACGAAAAAAUAUUAGCGAGACACUCAAGCCUGGUUGUCCAGUGAUGGCAAUUUUCGCCCAAGACGAAGCUCUCUAUAGAGCAGAAAUUGUUGAGGUGAAGGGUAAUCGAAAUUAUCUUGUUCAAUAUGUCGAUUUUGGUAAUAAAGCAACAGUCGAACAACGUCGAAUGUAUCCUGUUGAGAAGAGAUUUAUGAUUAUUCCUAAACAAGGAGUUCGAUGCUCAUUGAAAAAUAUUUUUCCCAUUAAUGGUGGAAAUUGGACAACACAAAAUUCACAGGAAAUUGAACAAUAUUUGUACGAGGAAGGCGAAUUUGAGUGUACAUAUCACGAAGAAAAAGAUAAGAAAUACUUAAUUUCAUUGAGUCACAAUAAAAUUGACGUCGCUAAUUCUUUAGUUGAAAAGAAAUAUGCCAUGUUUGCAACAAGUUCCGCUCCAAAAUCCAUUGAAACAGAAAAAAUAACGAUAGACGAAUCAAGCAGUGAAAUCACUUCGCGAUUGGAUAUACAACUUCUUCCGGGACAAACUUUGCGCGUUAAAGUUUCUAGUGUGGAAAGUGUAUCCAAAUUCCAUGUUCAAUUUUCCUCGGCGGAUUAUUGUGAUCAGGCCAUCUCAGCUUACAUGACAAAUAAUGAUCCAAAGGUGAUGCCACAAUUAUCAAGCCAUGAGAUGUGCCUUGGCGCGGGUUGUCUUAUAUUUAAGGAUGGAUUUUGGAGGCGUGCUGUUAUUGUAAACUGUUGUGAAAAAAUAAGUUUCGAUGUCAAACUUAUUGAUACUGGAGCAUAUGACAAGAUAUCACUGGAUCGAGUGCUGGCUCUACCUAGUCAGUUGGCAGUGAUGCAGAAUCAAGCAAUCGAAUGUGCUCUUUAUAAUGUUAAACCUUCGGCUUCUCUCGAUGAAAAGCUUAAGAAAAUGGUUCUAAAUAAAGAUGUAAUGAUGUACGUUGAAAGUGUCGACAAAAACAGACUUAUUGUUGAGUUAUACGACUCAAUAGGAUGUAAAUUUCAAUUUAAUGACGAUGGUAAAGACAUAAAAAUUUCUCCCGUUUGUCCAAUGCCAAUUUUAAGUUCAACGCACAAAGUAAAUGUCUCAACGGCAAAUCAUUCAAAUAGUUUAUGGCUACAAAUGGUUGCCGACGCUGAAAAAGAUGAGAAACUUAAUCGUGAAAUGUUUGAAUUUUAUUCGAAAAAUGAAGAAAAAGCCGAUCCAAUAGUUAAUAAAUUAUGCGUCAUUGAAAGUCAAGGAACAUAUUGUCGUGCCAAAAUAAUUAAAAAGACUGACGAUAAUAUGGUUUUAGUUAAUUUAAUUGAUUUUGGAAUGAAUGAAAAUAUUUCUUGUGAUAAAUUAAAAAUACUCAAUAAUCGUUUUCAUUUGCCUCAUCAAUUGGCAAUUCAUGUUUCAUUAAAUGUCACACUCAAUGGUACACCAGCUGAACAAAUAAAUGCCCUAAAACCACAUCUUAUUGGCAAAGAAUUUACAGCGAUAUUCUAUAAUGUUCAUAAAAAAUGGAUUGUCGAAUUAAUUGAAAAUAAUAUUAAAUUGAGUGAGACAUUGACUGGACUUAAUUUAGUUAAAGAAAUGACUUUAAUUGAAAAUAAUAAAGAGAAAUUUAAAAUUUGUGUAACACAUGUAGAUUCACCGGUACAAUUUUGGAUACAGAGAAAUGAUGAAAUUUCAGAAUUGAAAGAAAUGGAGAAUGAAUUGAAAAAUGCUGUUAACUAUACAGAUGUUAAUGGUGUUUUAGAAGAGGGUUCAUUGUGCGCAGCAUAUUCCGAUGGUGUUUGGUAUCGUGCGGAAGUUAUUGAUGCCGAUGAGGAUAUUGUAACUGUACGUUUUGUUGAUUAUGGAAAAACGGAUGUUAUUAAUAAUAAACCAAAUUUUAUAAAAUCACUACCUGAGACAAUGAAGACGAGAAAAAUAUUUGGUAUUAAGUGUCGAUUAGAUGUUAUUCCUGUGGAUUCAGAAGAAUGGAGUGAUGUAAUUUGUCAAUGGAUGCAGACACUUAAAACAGAGGAGAAUAUUGAAGCGAAAAUAAUUGUUGAGAGUAGUGUAAAAAGAAUUGAUUUAUUUUUAAAUGGAAAGAGUAUUAUUGAUACAUUAGUUGAGGAUGGUAAAGCAUUGAAAGUGCUACAUGAACAGGAAGUUGUUGAAGAAUUAAUUGACGUUGAAUUGGAUCCACGUUCAGCUUUUAUUAGUCAUAUUAAUUCGCCAAGUGAUUUUUAUGUACAAGAAGAGAAAUCAGUUUCUGAUCUUGAGAAAAUUCAAGAUCGAUUUAUUGUCGCUAAUAUGCUUCCAAUUGUUAGUGAUGUUAAGGAAGGUACACUUUGUGUUGCUAAAUAUACGGAUGAGGAUUAUUAUCGUGCUCGUAUUAUUUCACAUAGUGAAACGGGGACAAAAGUACUUUUUAUCGAUUAUGGAAAUAAUGCUGAAGUUCAAGAAAUUCGUGUAAUUCCCGAUGAUGUUGCAUCAAUACCGCCAUUAGCGAGAAAAUGUUCUCUCAAAAAACCUUAUUAUCUAACAAAUUGGUCAAACGAUGCAUUCAAUAUGUUUUGUGAAUUAUCCGCCGAUGGUGCGACAAUUUUCUUGCUCGACGUACUUAAAGAAGAUGAAACUGCAAUUGUUAAAUUGACAUUGAAUAGUGAAGAUAUUGCCGAGAAAUUAGCGCCAGCUGUUUCAAUUUUUGUUUGUAAUAUUAAUUCACCGAUGGAAUUUUGGAUACAAAGGGAAAAUGAUGUUGAGGAAAUUGACAAAUUACAGGAGAAAUUGUUUGAAAUGGAAAAUUCGGAGAAAAUUGAGGCUAAAGAGGGUUUAUUGUGUGCUGCAAAAUUCCCCGUUGAUGAACAAUGGUAUAGAGGGAGAAUUAUUAGUUGCAAUGAAAAUGAAUCAACUGUUAUGUUUAUUGAUUAUGGAAAUUCGGCAAUUUGUAGUGAAAUUCGUGCACUACCUGAUGAUAUAGCUGCUAUUGAGCCUUUUGCAAAGAAAUGUUCUCUCAAAUUACCAACGUUAAACGACGAAUGGUCACAAAAUGCUUUCGAUGAAUUUUGUAAUAUUUCAGGCGACGGUGCCGUUUCACUAAUUAUUGAUAUUGUCGAGGAGAAAAAUAAUUUGGCAAUUGUUAAUUUAUUCCUUGGCAAAGAAAACAUUGCGGAGAAAUUGAUUUGUAAGGGAAAUGUUGAGGAAAAAUUGUCUACAAUUGUCGAGGAUAAUCAUGAAGAGGAAAUUAUUUCAGAAAAAGAAAUUACAUCACAAGAAGAGAUUGUUUUAGAAAAAGAAAUUACACCACAAGAAGAGAAUGUUUCACAAAAAGAAAUUAAAUCACAAGAAGAGACUGUGUCACAAAAUGAAAUUUUAGAAGAACCAACAGUUUUUAUAAGUCAAAUAAAUUCAGUGGAGGAAUUUUGGAUACAACGAUUGGAUUAUGAGGAUAAAUUGGAUGAAAUUGCAUGUCAACUUUGUGCAUUUGAGGAUGAAGCCGCUGUUAAAGAACCAAAAGUGGGUUCAAUUUAUGCCGCUCUAUUUACAUGUGAUGACGCAUGGUACAGGGGAAAAGUUCUUUCAAUCAAUGGAAAUGAAAUAAAUGUCUUUUUCAUUGACUAUGGAAAUUCAUCGAUUGUCACCGAUUUACGUGAAUUAUCCAAAGAAUUAGUAAAUUUACCAUCAUUUGCUAAAAAAUGUUCACUAAAAUUACCUAAAGAUCAAUAUAAAGAAUGGCCUAAAGAUGCUGUUAAACAAUUGACGGAAUUGUCUGCCGAUGGUACUUGUCCUUUUACAUUGUGCGUUCUUGAUGACAAUGACACGGCGCUUGUUGAUUUGAAAUUAAAUAAUGAAAGUAUAACUAAAAAAUUGCUCGAAAGUGUAGAAAAAAUUACAAAUGAAUCGAAAUUGGAGGAGAAACAAGAGAAUUUGGAAAAAAUUGAAAAAACUUCUGAAAAUGAUGUUGAAGAAAUUGUGAAAAAUAUUGAAGCUGUCAAACUUGAUGAGAAAAUCACUAAAUCAAAUGAUGAUUCUUCUAUAAUUGACGAGAGUUGUGAUAAAAUUGAAGAAAUUUCACAAAGUGUAGAAAAUUUACAAGUUUCAGAGAAACUUUCUGAGGAAAUUGCUACUGAAUCUAGUGAAGAGACCAUUAAAUUAACUGAAGAAACAAUGAAAUUAGAUGGGGAAAUUUUGCCAAUGAAUGAAGAAAUUACAAAAAUAGAUGAAUCUCCUGAAAUUAGUGAAAAAUCAACAAUAAUAGAGGAGAAAAAUUCGACUAUUCUACUUUGGAAUAUAAUUUCACCAUCUGAAUUCUGGGGUCAAGUUGGUGACGACUCUGCCAAUAUUCAAGAUCAACUUUUACAAGCUGAUGAAUGGAAAACAAUUGACGAGUUGGAGAAAAAUCUAUUGUGUGCGGCUAAAGUAAAUGAUGAAUGGCAUCGAGCUCGUAUCGAAAAAAUCAAUGAAAAUUCAACGGAAAUUUUUCUUAUCGAUCAAGGAUUCACUUGUGUUUCCACGGAAUUUCGACAAUUACCAUCAGCUCUCGUUAAUGUAGAACCGCUGUCGAAAAAAUAUUCUCUACAAUUACCAAAGAACAUCAAUAAUUGGACUCAAUCUGCAAUAACUGCAUUUUCAAAAUACACAAAACAAUCAUUUACAAUGGAAAUUCUUCAACCUGACGAAAUUUCAAUUAUCAAAUUAUUACAUCACGAUGAAGAUGUCGCUGAAAUUCUCACAUCAAUGCGCGACGAUUUUUCAAUUAGCGAACGUUUACCACCGGAAGGUGAAGAAAAUUUAAAUAUGUCAAUAAGUAAUAUGAUAUCACCGUCAAUGUUUUGGGGACAAUUGGAACUUAAUUCAUUGAAACUCGAGGAAAUGGAGAAAAAUUUAAUAAACGUUGCAAGUUUCAAUGAAUUAAAAAAUUUUAACAUUGGACGAAUUUGUGCAGCACUAUUUCCCGACGAUGGCAAUUGGUAUCGUGCAAAAAUUCUAUCACACUCCAAUAAAUCAACAGAAGUGUUUUACGUUGAUUUUGGAAAUACAUCAACAACAACUGAAUUACGCGCACUUCCACACGAUUUAAUUGCAAUUGAAUAUCUAUCAACACAAUAUUCUCUACGUAAACCAUUGGACAUUGAGGAAUGGUCCGAGGAAGCUUGUGACAAAUUCCAUGAAUUAAUUGCCAAUGGUGAGACAUAUUUUGAAUAUAAAAUUCUCGAUCAAGAAAAAAAAGAGGUUCAAUUAAUUCUCCAAGGUAAAGACGUGGUGGAAAUAUUGUCACCUCUUUGUAAAAAAGUAACGAGUGAAUUGACAAAAGAUUCAACACAAUUGGAACACGAUAUUGAAACAAUUGAUCUGACUAAUGAUACAUCGUUAAAGGAAAUUGUUGAGGAGAAAAAUAUUACAGCAUCAUCGGACAGUGCAUUUCAUUCGGAAAAUAUUGUUGAAACUUCAUAUUCAUCGCAAGAAAUGGAAACACCUGUUGAAAAGAAAAGUCAGGAAUUUUCGUCGACAUUUCAAGAUUUAGAUCAACGUGAUGUUAGCAGUGAAUUUGAAAUACAACCGGAAUUAACAUCUGAGGAUAUAAUUUCAAAAAUGCUUACUCAAAGUUCUGACAAUACAAAAGAUUCGGUACUUGAUGUUUCUUUAAUUUCAGAAGUUGAACCUGAAUUAACACCCGAGGAUGUUAUUAAUAAAAUGACAGUCGAACUACCGGAUGGUACAAUUGUGAAAAAUGUCGAUGAUCCAUUAUCAGAAUUGAAUGACAAUGAGAAAACAAUGGAUCAAAAAAAUAUCUGCGAAGCUGAAGAUAAUCAAGCAUGUGAAAUAUCGAGUACAAUAACAGAAAAUAAAUCAACAACAGUGAAGGCAAUUAAUGAAAUUAAAGAAAGUUUUGUAAAAAUUGUAAGAUUGGAAAAUUUCAGUGAAGCACUGCCCGAAGUGGAAAUCACAAACGAAAGACGUAAAUCAGUGGGAAAAUUGGAAAAUAUUGCCGAAGUAAAUUUUGAAAUUGAAACAAUUACAAGACGCAAAUCAUUAACAUAUGAAGAGAAAAUUUUACCAGCUUGUGUUUCUGGUGAUCAGCCAUUAACGCGUGAAGAUAAAAUUUUAUCCAGCAGCGUAGAUGGAAGUUGUGUGCCAUUGGAAAAAACCAUCGACAAUGAAAUUGUCCCAACGGAGGAGAAAUAAGUUUUCUAAAAAAUCGUGCCCAGAGAGAAAAAAAAAACAUUCCUCGCUAAUUAUUUUCGAUUUUAAUCCGUUUUUUUUUUUUUUUUUUUAUUUUUCAGUUUAAAAUAUUUUUUCAUUUUUUGUUUUUACCUUAUAGACAUAAUUAAUGUCUUACCAAAGAAUAACAGAUUCGAAAAAUUAGCGAUUUUUUUUUAUGUCUGGUGCUUUAUUUUUAUUUUUUGUUUAUUAAUAUUUGCCAUAUAUAAUUAUAAUAUUAAUUUAAAUUUAUUGUUAACAAAUGCCUGGAGCAUUUUGAUUAUUUAUUUUCAAUACAUUUAUUUCUUUAUAAAAAGUAAAUUUAGAUGAAUUAUCAUAUAAUGAAAGUAUAGUUGGCGAUAACGAAAACUUAUAAGACUUGAAAAAAAAAGAGUGAGAAAUUUUAUUUUAUUUAUUUUUUUUUUUUUAGUUACGGUAAAUCAGUAUAUUAUUCACAAAAAAAUGAAUUAUUUUAUCACAUUUUUUGCGACAUUCUUAUUUGAUAAAAACGAUCGAUAAAAAAAAAAAUUGUGAUUUUUUUAUUUUAUUUUUUCGAUCGUGAAAUAAAAAAAUGAGACGUGUGAAAAAUGAUUUCCUAAACAUAUUCAACUUUGAUAAAUGUAAAUAAAGUUUAGGAAUCAAUUUGAAAUACUAUAAACAUUAGUAAAAAAAAAAAAAAAAAAAGGAAAGGAAAGAAAAGAAAAGUGAACUAAAUAUGCUGAAAAAAAAUAUAUGCGAUAUCUCAAAAGAAAGACUAUAUUUUCGGUAAUUAAAAGUAUUUGAAAUUCAUUAAAAAAUUAAGUGCCAUGAUUUCACUUCAACUUUUGACUGUUAUAGAGACAUGAGUGAAAAAAGAAAAUGGCUGGUUUAUUAAAAAAAAAAUUAGUUAUAGGCCUCGUUUGUAAUUACGUGUUUAUUGUAAAAAUUUGUAAACUGUUGAAGAGUUAAUUUUUUUAAAUAAACAGUCUAAUAUACAGAA